AUGACACCUCAAGAAGUACACCAAGAUCAGAUGCUUCUCAAAAGGAGGAGGGAGGACGCCAAGGCUGCUGGUAAGACCUUACUACUGGAAGAGACCAAGCAGGUAAAUAAACUCAACCUCUUUGCUACUGCUAAAGAUAUUAAAACUGCUGUGAUUGAACAAUCAAAUUUUAUUCUAGUAGUUUAUAAAGAAUUGUUGAGCUCUACUACUAACCUUGCUCCUGAGAUUCCAGAGGAGAUUGAAUGUCUUUUGCAGGAGUAUAAGGAUGUGUUUCCAGAAGACAAUCCCAUGGGGCUGCCGCCUAUUAGGGGCAUAGAGCACCAAAUUGAUUUUGUGCCAGGGGCUACCUUACCAAACCGUCCAGCAUACAGGACCAAUCCUGUGGAGACUAAGGAGCUUGAGAAAAAAGUCAAUGACCUGCUGGAGAAAGGCCAUAUCAGGGAGAGCAUGAGUCCUUGUGCUGGUAUACAGGUUGAUGAGGAGAAGGUGAAAGCCAUCAGGGAGUGGCCGAUCCCUAAGUCUAUUGGAGACGUCAUGAGUUUUCAUGGACUUGCUGGCUUCUAUAGGAGGUUUGUGAGAGAUUUCAGUACAGUUGCAGCACCACUAACUGAAAUAAUCAAGAAGAGUCUGUGUUGA